AUGCACGACUUACGACUUAAGGUGCUCCGCGAAAGCGGCAAGACCGUCUCAAGAAAAGCGCGGUCGCGUCCUGAGUCCGCAAGGGGUUCUAUGAGAAAUUCCCCUAACAUUUCUCCGUCCCACUCUCAAAUCACCUCACCGGCGCAUUCGCGCGCAGGCAGCCGCUAUGCCUCUGAAGAUGAAGGGAGUGACGACGAAUACGACGAUAACAUGACCAUGAGCACACUGUCCAACGGAUCCGAUUCCGGUAUUGACGAUGCGGUUGGAGGAGCAGCUGAUGCUUCAUGGGCGACACUUCUUCAAGACCGUAUCGUGGAGUUGCAAGAUCGCAAGCGAACCAACACUAAGGGCCGUGAAGCCACGCUAAUGUCCUAUUUGCACAUCGUGAAACAUCAUUACGCUGGACGCCAGAUUAGCGGCUCUCUGGAAGAGAUUGUUUCGGCCUUAAUGAAGAACAUUAGGUCCGGAGGCAGCUCCGUUGAGCGUAUCUACUCUCUCAAAUCCCUCCAGGCUACACUUCUCACAUCUCCAUCAGACACAUUAUAUGACGACAUAUAUCCGCAGUUGGAGAAGACCUGCGAGGACGAUGAAGACAAUGAUGUCAAGGCGGCCGCUAUUUGGGCUAUGGCUAUUGCGGCACUAUACGGCGGAGGAAGCGAGGAGGCAGCCAGCGAAUUUCUUGAUUACCUGGUCACCGUCGUAGACAGCGAUGGUGAAUUCAUAGGCGCAGGGGACAGCGGCGAAGUUGUCACAGCAGCGCUCGAGUCGUGGGCUUUCGUCGCCAGUCAGAUUGAUGACAUCACCGAAAACGUGUACACAGCUAUGGAUGCCUUCGUGGAGCAGCUCGACAGCACGGACGUUGAUGUGCAGACGAGUGCCGGUUUCAACAUCGCCUUCAUUUUUGAAGCUGCGCGGGAUCUGGAAGAAGAGACGGACGAGCCAAUGAAUUUGCAAUACGAUCCCAAGAAACUCAUUAGCCGCAUGGCCGAGGCGUCAAAGCCCUCGGUGAAGCAGACGUCGCGAAAAGACCGCCGGCACCUGCGUAAGCAGUUUGCCAGCAUCGUCACAUCGCUCGAGCAUGGCAAGGGUCCUGGCUUUUCGAAUGCCGGCCGCCCGGCUUUCAACCCGCACACCGGAGGAACGCGGGCCGACCCUGGACGCAGAGGCGAUGAUGACAAUGAUAUGCAUGGUUUCGGUUACCGUGAGAAGCUUCGCCUCGGAUCCUCGGUCGUGCUCAUCAAUUCUUGGUCUCUCAUGGCGCGGGUCGACGCGGCGCGAACCGUGCUAGGUGGUGGGUUGCCAACUCACUUCAACGACAACCCAACCGUGGCAGAGCUUCUUGGUGGCGCCGAGACAGAGGACUCAGCUAUGCAAGCUUACGCAUUGCAUCCCCGAGAUGCUAAGAAGAUGAGGAGGUAA